AUGACUGAAAACACCUCAAAUGAGGACAAUUCUCUUGAGCAGUAUGCCAGGAUGAAAGAACUCGAGCGAGAACUAGAACUUCUUGGCAUUAAAGAAGAAUAUAUUAAAGAUGAACUUCGUUAUCUUAGGCGCGAACUUGUUCGUGCACAAGAGGAAGUCAAAUCAAUACAAUCAGUGCCAUUACUUGUCGGCAAUUUCGUCGAAAUGGUUGAUGCAAACUAUGCUGUUGUUGAUUGUGGCUCUCCAAAUUUGGUCAGGGUCAUGAAAACAAUAGAUCGUCAUCUUUUGAAACCAAAUACAAGUGUCGCAUUACAUAAGCAUUCGCAAGCACUCGUAGAUGUUUUACCUCCAGAAGGAACAACAUCAGUACAAAUCGUAACAGACCCACCGAAUAUCUCUUAUGCAGAUAUUGGUGGUCUCGAUAUGCAAAAACAAGAAAUUCGUGAAGCUGUCGAAUUACCUCUUACACAUCUAGAUUUAUAUCAACAGAUUGGCAUUGAUCCGCCACGUGGUGUACUUCUCUACGGUCCUCCUGGUACUGGUAAGACAAUGCUCGCCAAGGCUGUCGCUCAUCAUACAUCUGCUUCGUUCAUUGCAGUUGUUGGCUCAGAAUUUGUCCAGAAAUUCCUUGGUGAAGGUCCACGUAUGGUCCGUGAUACAUUCAGACUCGCCCGCGAACAUUCUCCUUCUAUUCUUUUCAUUGAUGAAGUCGAUUCUAUUGCUACAAAGCGUUUUGAUGCCGAGCAUGGCUCAGAUCGUGAAGUUCAACGUGUUCUUAUGGAACUUCUGGCACAGAUGGAUGGUUUUGACCAGAGUACUUCGGUUAAAGUCAUUAUGGCUACAAAUCGUGCAGAUACUCUUGAUCCUGCCCUUCUUAGACCAGGUCGUCUUGAUAGAAAGAUCGAGUUCCCACUACCAGAUCGCCGCCAAAAGAGACUUAUCUUCCAAGUUAUUACAUCAAAGAUGAAUCUCUCUCCUGAAGUAGAUAUCGAGGACUUCGUAUCAAGACCAGAUAAGAUUAGUGGCGCUGAUAUAUCAGCUAUUUGCAUGGAAGCUGGUAUGCACGCAGUACGCCGCAAUCGUUAUGUUGUUUUACCAAAAGAUUUCGAGCGAGCUUAUGAAAAGACUGUUCGCAAACCAGAUUCUGUACUUUCUUCAUAUAAUUAA